AUGGAGACACCAAAAGAGGAGGGAUCUCCAGCUGCACCCCAACUGCCUCAGAUGCAAAAUGAUACUCCCGCGCCCGUGAGCGAAGAAAUGGCGGAUACACCAACGCCAAUAGCUGGACCUUCUACGACUCCAGCAGCAAUUCCAGUUCCAGCUCCGAACAGGAGGAAUUACAACAAGAAGAGCAAGCAAAAAACAGAAGGUUUGAUGGCAUAUACAUCAGCUUUCGUUCCUGGAAUGUAUAACAUCAAAAUACCAGCAGGAGACUAUCUACAAAAAGAAAGAAAUAUAGACGUCGCUCGAAAUUUAAGUGUAGCAAAAGGCAAACAAGAAAAGAUAGAUGCUGAGGAGGAAAGGCAACAACAGAUAGCGGAAGGAAAUGAGAUACCUGAGAUCAACCCGUUACAUUACACAUUAGUAAUACAUCCUGGUUCUAGGAAUCUAAGGAUCGGAAGAGCGUCGGAUUUCUACCCUAAAGAGAUCCCAAAUUGUAUCGCUAGACCUUCCAACGCACCUAAUAGGGGUAACGAUCCUCCCAUUCCUGGAAGUAGAGCGAAAAGAUUAGCUCAGCAUGCUUUGGAGAAAAAAGAAGCUAAACGAAGGAAAGGGGGCAAUGCCAAUCAAGAAGAUAUCGAGAUGAAUGGAAAUGGUAAUGGAAAUAGAAGUGAAUACGGAGAUGAUGAUGACGGCGAGGUAGAUGAUGAAUGGGUAGAUCCAGUCGAUUCAAACAUCAGUCAUCUCAGAGAAUAUUUAAGACAUAGACUGGUACAGGAGCGUUUAGCAACAGAUUGGAAAGAAGGUACAAGAGUGAAAACUCAUAACGCAAAGGUUAAACCUGAGAAUCUACCAGAACACAAUGAUCCAUAUAGGAUCGAUUGGACAGAAACUGACGGAAGACCAUUCUAUAUCGGCACCGAUGCAUUACGAUUACCUGAAAAAGCAGGGUAUAAAGUUCGAUAUCCAAUUUUACAAAAGCACUUGAAUACUAGAGAUUGGACUUCUUCACAAUUACUUUUGGAUGAUAUCGCUACUAUCAUACAGGAAUCCCUAAAAACAGAGUUAGGGAUAACAUCCCUGGAAUAUCCUAAAUACUCCGUCGUUUUCGUCAUUCCUGAUCAUGGCGAUAGAGUUUAUGUCCAAGAGAUGACUAACCUGUUCCUGACUACAAUGGGGUUCAAAGAGAUCGCUGUACAUCAAGAAGCAUACUGUGCUAUCUUCUGCGCAGGCAUGUCAUCGGCUUGUGUGGUGGAUAUCGGUGCUCAGUCGUCUUCCGUAACUUUUGUUGACGAGGGAUUACUGAACCCGGAUUCUAGAAUCAAGCUGAAUUAUGGCGGUGAUGAUAUCACCUCUUCUCUCGUUACUUUGCUUCAAAGAUCAAAUUUCCCUUAUAAAGAACUAGAUCUGGCUAAAACACAAGACUGGAUAAUGAUGGAUAAUCUGAAGAACAAGAUCUGUACUUUGGAAGAGCACCUUGUGGCCAGUACACCGUGGGACUUCUACGUCUUGAAAACAGAGGGAUUGACGCAGAAAUAUGUUUUCAGGACUUAUGACGAGAACAUUCUAGCGGCCUUGGUUUUCUUCGAUACUCGUCUUAUAGAUUUCAAAGAAAAGAAAGGGCGGAAAUCUUUCAGAUUCUGGGGAACUUCCGACGAUCAAGUCACCGAUGAUCUGACGUCCAGCUACGAAGAAUCAACUGGAGCUAUGAAGGCUUGCGUCACUCAUCUUCUUCCUGCUCCUGUACCAGAUGUAGCCAAUGGAGCUGAAGCUACUAUUGUUGAACCGGAAAGAGCGCCCGAAGCUGAGAAGGCAAAUGUAAAUGACAAUAAGGUGGAAGUCACAGCGUCUAAAGAUACGACACCCGUACCAGUACUGGGUCGACCACAAGAUUCAGCUACCUCUACACCCGCACCGGAGAUGAAUACCUCAACCCCUGCAGCAACUCUUACCACUACCGAACCUCUUGUGACCACUACAACCACCACUGCCACCGUUACCAACGGCUCUCCUACUAAGCCUUCUGUACCGGAAUUAUCUGAUCAACAAAUAAUAUCAGAGGCUUCUAAAUCUCCUUUAGACGCCGCGAUAGCAGCUAGUAUAUCAAUGGCCGGUACUGAAAACAAAGCUAAAACAGCAGCCAAUAGUAUCUUGUUGAUAGGUGGAAGUUCGGCUUUGAAAGGUUUAGGUGCUUUCAUAGCUGAUAGAUUACCGCCUCUUCUAAGGCAGAAAGGAUUUCCAAUAUCGGACGUCUCGAUUGUCCCUCCACCACGGAAUCUGAAUCCGAGAUUUGUCAGUUGGAAAGGCGCUUCGGUUAUGUGUAAUUUGGAGAGUUUGAGUGAUAUGUGGAUAAGGAGAGAUGAAUGGGAAAGUAUAGGAAGUAGAUCAUUGAAAGAUAGGUAUCUAUGGUAUUAG